CUGUAACGGUAUCUCACAUAAUCAGUACUAUUCUUGUACUGUGCUAACGUGUACAGGAUCAUAUUGAACUGACAAGCUACACCUCCUUGACUCUGUGUUGAUUGUGCCCGAACUUAACUGUAUUGGACCUGUACCUGUACCCGGGUUUAGAUCUGCCACACAAUAGAGGUAGAACAAUAAACAAUAUAGACUCAAGUGUCUUUUAUCACAUCUGUAAAGUGUUGUCAUAUGCCGUCUAUCUCCACCUUCACCUUGAUAAGACACGAGCCUCAGAACUCUAACCUUAUUAAAAUGCGUACCGCCGUGGCUGUAGCGAUACUGGUGCUCGUGGCUAUGACCGCCGUCCUCAUUCAGGCACAGGAACUCAAGUAUCCUGAGCGUGAGGUGGUGGCUGACAUGGCUGCUCAGAUCCUGCGCGUGGCGCUAGGUCCCUGGGGCUCUGUAGCCGCUGUACCCCGCAAACGCAACUCCGAACUGAUCAACUCCCUCCUUGGCAUCCCUAAAGUGAUGAACGACGCCGGUAGAAGAUAAAUGACCCCCCCUCAUUCCUCUUCCAAAUCAUAUAUAACGAGAUCAGCGGGUGUGUACAGCCUUUCAAUCUCACGCUGAGGACAGAACAUCAAAAACUUUCUUUGAAAUAAAUGUUUGCAGCACAA